GUGCGGGCUUACCUCUUUUCAUGACGUCAGCAUUUACCGGUGCCCUAAUAUUACCGCCAUCUUGCUGUGAGCUAACUGAGAAGAAACCCAGGCAAUAAAAUUUCUAAAAAAAAAAUCACUGAAUAUGGCAGAAGAGGCGGAAAAUGAAUUGUUGGACUACGAAGAAGAGGAGGCCGACGCCACCACGGAGGCAGCCGGUGAUGCCCCUGUGAAGAAAGACGUGAAGGGCACCUACGUGUCCAUCCACAGCUCUGGGUUCAGGGAUUUCUUACUGAAACCAGAACUGUUGAGAGCUAUUGUAGACUGUGGUUUUGAACAUCCUUCUGCAGUCCAGCACGAGUGCAUUCCCCAAGCUAUCCUUUCUAUGGACAUCCUGUGCCAGGCCAAGUCUGGUAUGGGAAAGACAGCCGUGUUUGUGCUGGCUACACUUCAGCAGCUGGAACCAGUGGACGGACAGGUCUCAGUACUUGUAGGCUGUCAUACAAGAGAGCUAGCCUUCCAGAUUAGCAAGGAGUAUGAGAGAUUCAGCAAGUACAUGAGCAACAUCCGGGUCGCUGUGUUCUUUGGUGGCAUGCCCAUCAAGAAGGACGAAGAGGUUCUGAAAAAGAACUGCCCCCACAUUGUGGUUGGAACCCCAGGACGUAUUUUGGCCCUGAUUCGCAGCAAGGCACUGAACCUGAAGCACAUCAAGCAUUUUAUUCUGGAUGAGUGUGAUAAGAUGUUGGAGCAGCUUGACAUGCGCCGUGAUGUGCAAGAUAUCUUCAGAAACACACCACACGAGAAGCAAGUGAUGAUGUUCAGUGCCACUCUCAGCAAGGAAGUCCGUCCCAUCUGCAAGAAGUUUAUGCAAGAUCCUAUGGAAGUGUAUGUUGAUGACGACUCCAAACUGACAUUGCACGGACUGCAGCAACACUACGUCAAGCUGAAGGAAAGUGAGAAGAACAGGAAACUCUUUGAACUCUUGGAUCUGUUGGAGUUCAACCAGGUGAUCAUAUUUGUGAAGUCUGUCCAGAGGUGCAUGGCCCUGGCAGCUCUCCUAGUGGAGCAGAACUUCCCAGCUAUUGCUAUCCACAGGGCUAUGACACAGGAAGAGAGACUGUCACGGUAUCAACAGUUCAAAGAUUUUCAGAAGAGAAUCCUGGUGGCCACCAACCUGUUUGGCAGAGGGAUGGACAUUGAGAGAGUCAAUAUUGUGUUCAACUAUGACAUGCCUGAAGACUCUGAUACCUACCUUCACAGGGUGGCCAGAGCUGGUCGUUUUGGUACAAAAGGUUUGGCUAUCACACUUGUCUCAGAUGAAAGUGAUGCCAAGAUUCUAAAUGAUGUACAAGACAGAUUUGAGGUCAACAUUACAGAACUUCCUGAUGAAAUUGACCUUUCUUCAUACAUCGAAGGACGUUAAGGAGCCAGGAUGAUUUUAAAUUGUUUAAUAAAAAAAAAAGACAUUGUAUAGCACAGAAUUUUCCCACUGGAUGUUGCAAUGCAGACCUAUACUUCAUUCUGAUGAUAUCUCUGCAAAGAGCGAUUGUUUGAAACCAGGUGUGCUUCACUUGAUAACAGUUGAGCCUGGAGUUCCAGAAGGGAAAGAUAUCAAAAUUAGUUUUAAACAAACCCGUUUUUAAUACACUGUCAGCAUCCAUUAUAUAUUGUACAUAAGAGUUAUUUGGAUUAAACUCAGGCAGAAAGUUUGAUUUCUUCCAUUGUCUGGCUUUGUCCAUUAGGGAAAGUCUUAUUGUAUUGUGAGUAAUAAGUAGUUUAUGAAGUUUGAGUGAGCUCAUUUUAAAUCAAGAAAUGUAAAAUGCUGAAAUAACGUUGAAAACAAUUGAAUGUAAAUAUUAAGUUCAUUUGUUGCAUUUUAAUUGACUGGAUGUUUUUAUGUAGUCAAUGAUCUCAAGAAAUGAGGUCUGGUUUUAUUGUGAAGAAAUAAAAGAAAAUCAGUCUUA